AUGUCCCACCGCCAUCUUCCCCGCCAGCCAGACCGCAUACACGACCCCGCCCCCCACAACCACCACAACCCCACGCCCCUCAUCCAGAACGCCCUGCCCCCGCCGCCCCCGCCAGCCAACCCCUCUAUCAUCCACAAGCUCAACACUGCCAAUGAGCAGACAUGGCUACUGAUAGGCCGUGUCGCAGAGCAGAUGGGAGAUCUCGAGCACGCCCUCUCAGCCUACGAAAACGCCCUGCGCCAUAAUCCCACUUCCGUCUCUGGUCUCACACAGGUCGCGGGUAUCGCUCGGAUCAAAGAAAACUAUCCAAAGGCAGUUGAUUUCUUCCAGCGCGUUCUCGGUAUUGAGGAGGACAACGGCGAGAUAUGGAGUGCUCUCGGUCACUGCUAUCUUAUGCAGGAUGACCUACAGAAGGCUUAUUCAGCCUACCAGCAGGCCCUCUAUCUCCUGCCAAAUCCUAAAGAGGACCCUAAACUGUGGUACGGGAUCGGCAUCCUGUACGAUCGUUAUGGCUCCCUUGAUCACGCCGAAGAGGCGUUUGCCUCUGUCUUGCGCAUGUCCAAAGAUUUAGACUUUGACAAGGAAAACGAAAUUCUAUUCCGCCUGGGCAUCAUCUACAAGCAGCAGGGCAAGUUCCAGGAGUCGUUAGAAUGCUUCGAUCGCAUCCUGCGAAAUCCACCAAGUCCCCUCGCCCACGCCGACAUCUGGUUCCAGAUCGGGCAUGUUUUUGAGCAGCAGAAAAAUCACGUCCAAGCGAAGGAUGCAUAUGAACGUGUCGUAGAAGCUAACCCCGGUCACGCCAAAGUGCUGCAGCAACUUGGGUGGCUAUACCAUCAGGAUGGCUCCUCGUUUCAGAACCAGGACCUCGCCAUCCAGUAUCUGACCAAGAGCCUCGAAGCUGACCCUUCCGAUGCCCAAAGCUGGUAUCUAUUGGGACGAGCGUAUAUGGCCGGCCAGAAGUACAACAAGGCUUACGAAGCCUACCAACAGGCUGUCUACCGAGAUGGACGCAAUCCCACUUUCUGGUGCUCGAUCGGCGUCCUCUACUUCCAAAUCAACCAGUUCCGCGAUGCUCUCGACGCCUACUCCCGGGCCAUCCGCAUCAACCCAUACAUCUCAGAAGUAUGGUUCGAUCUGGGCAGUCUCUACGAGAGCUGCAACAACCAGAUCACUGACGCCAUCGACGCCUAUGCUCGGGCCAGUGAACUUGAUCCCAGCAAUGCUGCCAUCGCGCAGCGGCUGCAGCUUCUCAAGAACGCACAGGCUACUGGCACUGUGCUCCCAGCUGCUCCGGGUCCGCAGGACGUGCACCCAACAGCUUACGCCAGUUCCGUCGUCCCACCACCAGGGCCUCCUCUCACGCUGCAAACCGGCAACCUCCGCCCUCCCUUCCGCACAGACUCUCGCGGACCUUCGAAUGAAAUUUCCCUUCCUCCCCCUCCUCAAGCCAGCAAUGGACGUGUGUCACCCCCUCCUCCCUUUAAAGGCGGCCCACCGCCUCCAGUCAUCCUCGACGAGAGCCGGCACAUGCCGUCCCAUACGCCCUUGGCGCCCAUGGAAGUCGAUAGACCACCUCUUCCGGGCGGCCGUGAUUACCCUCCAUCUCGCGAACACACUCGCGGUCCUUCAGGGCACCACAGCCUUCUCCUUCAACAUCCUCUACCCCCUCAACACUCUGACGACCCUAGAAAUGGCGGACACCCUCAGCAUCCUGAUCAGUAUUACAACAGUCGUGGCGGCCCACGACCUCACUCUAGAUCCAUCUCUCCUGCUCCUCAGAGCGGCCGACCUCGUUCGCCGCCUCCUCCAAACUUCCAAAACUACCCUCCUCAUGUCCGACAACCUAUGGGUCCCGCACAGCCUAGCGCUCCGCCCCCUCAACGCUCUCCUCAUGUAUACCACCGUCGUGACCCCAGUCAUCCUGAGCCUGAGCCAGGCUGGGAUCGACGACCCCCUGGCGACCACCGUGACUGGGAACACGAUCGUCGACCGAGGCAUGGCGUCGAGUAUAUGCAACAAGGUGCACCACAAAACACCUUUUACCAGCCGCGCUCUCCACGCGCCCACAGUCCUCCUGAGCCGUCGCCGCGAGGAGCGCCUCGUUAUUGGGAUAACAAGCCUCCGUCACAUCCUGGCUUCCGUCAGUCGUCGCCUCCCCCGCCACCUCAACACCAGGCGCCUCACAGUGAACCGCCCUCGCGGAGGUACGAUCCAACUCGUCACGAUGCUCGCGACUACGAUAUGGAACGGGAAAGCAGCAGGAGCUACCCUGUAUCUCCUGAAGGGAUGCGUGCUCGAAACAAUGUUCCUGCACACAUGGUUGUAGGCAGUUCGAGGACUUCAGAGAGCCCACACGCGACGCCCAUGUUGGCUGAGGCCAAGGAACGCCGCAGGCGGACAAAGGACGAUGGACACCUUCAUCAGUCACAGUCGCAGCCUCCGCAAACGCCUCAACAACAUACUCCUCAACCGCCUCCUCCUCCACCACCCCACUUUUCGGCACAUUCACCGCCGCAGUCGAUCCAAGAGAGUGUGCCAAAGAAGGACAGGCGAAAGCGCGUGAACGGCAGUAAGCGCAAGGAGGACGAAGGCACGGAGAGGCAGAAGGCGUUCGCCGCAGAGCGGGGGAUGCCUGGCAGCUUCAAGGCGUACCCCAAGGGCCCCGGCUCACCGGAGAACAGCUCGCACUCGGGCUCGUCGCGCUCCAUCCAACCAUCGCCUACAGGUGCGACGCCCCGCCCACCUUCGCGAGUCCUGGAUGAGAACUAUGAUGAGGGUGUUGCGGUAGCCGACGCGCUUAUUGGGCUCGCUACGAGCUCGAGCUUCCGCACCGCGGAGAGUUCAGGCUCGGGUGGCGAUGGCCCCGCGCACUCGCCUACCAUCUCGUCACAUAGUGGCCGUCUCAGCGACCCCUCGCCGCGGCCUGCUCCUUCGCAUCGUAACUCGGUCUCCUCCAACCACACCUCGCCGCCGAGCCAGUCACAGCCGCUCAAGCGCGCGCUUAGCCCGGGGCCGGAGGACGACAACGGCUCGAAGCGCUCACGUCUUGACAUGAUGAAGCAGCGCCGCAUCUCCUCUCCCUCUGGCGGACGCAGGACCCCCAUCCCAUCAACGCGACCAUCUCCUAUCCCUUUCCGUACGCAACUCGCGUCGCAUUCGCCUGAAGCGCGCGAGCCGUUCCCGCCUAGUCCUUCGCUGCCCGCUGUACUUCCUCCUCACCCGCGCCCGAUCGGCGCUGGCCAUGCAUCACAGGUACAGCAACAGCAACAGCAGCAACAGGGUGGUGGAUCGGGGUCGUCGAUUGCUUUGCCGCCGAUUGCGACGUUGUCGCCUGCGUCGAGCGCGCCGUCGCCCGUGCAUAAUGGGGAUGAUAAGAUGCAUGUGGAUGCGGGCGCGCGCUCGAUGUCGCCACCGUCUGCCGCCGCUGGUGGGAGGGGCAAGAUGGGUGAUGUGAUGAUGCACCGCUCGUCACGGUCGCCGCCCGACUCGAAGCACUCGAAGCAGUCGCAGUCGCCGCCUCUGGAGAAGCCGGACGCGUCGUCAUGA